GGUAAGUGAGAAGCGAACAAACAGAAAUUUUGUGAGAGUUGUUUGGGUACACAUGGUGCAAUCAUUUUCAGGUCUUUCCUUCCGUCAGGUAUCGUGCCAUUCCUUUGAACGCAAACCUGGAUGCUGUUGGAUUCGGAAAAAACACUAUGAAUGAGCAGGAUCCAUACCUUCCUGCCCAAGCACAAUAUCUUGACAUGGACUCACUUCAGUGGAUGGGAAUGGACAAUCUGAAUUUCUCCCCUGUGCCUCAUACAAACAGUUCACUGAAGAUAGCUGAUGGGCCUUACCUCCAAAUAACAGAACAGCCCAAACAGAGGGGGUUCCGGUUUCGCUAUGGCUGCGAGGGCCCAUCCCAUGGUGGGCUUCCAGGGGCAUCCAGCGAAAAGAACAGGAAAUCCUACCCUCAAGUGAAGGUUUGUAACUACCAGGGCCCGGCACGCAUUGUGGUACAGCUGGUCACCUCCACAAAGGACGUUCAUCUCCACGCGCACAGCCUUGUGGGUAAGCAGUGCGAGAAAGGCAUCUGCAUCACCGACCUACAGGCCAAAGACACCAGCAUCAGUUUCCCAAAUUUGGGAAUCCUCCAUGUAACGAGGAAGAACGUGAGCAAAACUCUGGAGGAGCGAAUGGUCGAGGCCGUUCGCAUGGGCUACAACCAGGGUGUGGCCAUCCACCCAGACAUUGACGUGCUGCACGGAGAUACAGGCUUCCCCAGAGAAAUCACAGACCACCAGAGGGAUAUGAUUGCCUGUGCGGCUCUGACCUACUCUAAGGUGAUGGACCUCAGUUUGGUUCACCUCAUGUUCACCGCCUUCCUACCCGACAGUAAUGGGGCCUUCACCCGACGGCUGGACCCCGUCAUCUCUGACCCCAUCUAUGACAGCAAGGCCCCCAACGCUUCCAACCUGAAGAUUGUGAGGAUGGACCGGACUGCAGGGUGUGUCACGGGGGGUGAGGAGGUCUACCUCCUCUGUGACAAGGUCCAGAAAGAUGACAUAAAGGUGCGUUUCUACAAAGAAGACGAGUCUGGGCUGACGUGGGAGGCAUUUGGUGACUUCUCCCCGACAGAUGUCCACCGGCAGUUUGCCAUCGUUUUCAAGACCCCCAAAUAUCAAGAUCUCCAACUUCAGAAGCCCACCUCUGUGUUUGUGCAACUCAAGAGAAAGUCAGACAAUGAGACCAGUGAACCAAAACCCUUCACCUAUCACCCACAGGUUAUUGACAAAGAGGAGGUACAGAGGAAGAGGCAGAAGACCCUGCCCAACUUUCAGGACAUUGGCCUCCCUACAACAGGAGGAGGCGGGGGCAUGUACAGAGGAGGCGGGGCUGGUCCUGCAGCAGGAGGAGGUCCUGGUACUGGAGGAGGUUCAUCCUUCUACCAGAACUUUUCCACUUACAACAAUUAUGGAAAUGACUAUUUUUCCCAUGGCACCAAUGGAGGUGGGGUUGGAGCUGUCGUUGGCAUGAAGCAUGCCUCCCAGAGGAACUGCUGUAAGCUUGAGCGUAACAGUGAAGAUGAAGGAGUCCACACAGGGGUCGCCCAAUUAAACAUGGCUUAUGAGAUGCAGAAUGGGGAACAGUGGCAGUGUGAAAACAGCAUCACCACAACAAACCCUCAAGGCCCAUCCCUCUUUCAGCUGAUGACUGUGAAGGACUUAAUUAAACUUAAAGGUGGGGGGAGACAGCAGUUGUGACAAUCUCAGUGGUUUGGGGGACAUUUGUUCACCCCCAACACAGGUUGAGUGGGGUGCAGUUUGUUGAUACAAGGGGAGGUAUAACACCCAUUUGUCCUGGGAAAGACACAUUGUGGGUGCACAUAAUCCUCCUUUCCAUGGGAAACCUUCCCCAUAUCUGGAGCUAGCAGCUGGCACUAAGAAUUGUAUAAUUUUACAGAAGCACAUGAUCACAGGAUCGUCUUUUCAUGUCUCUUCCCUGAAAGCGCACAAACUUUAUUUCUAUGUAUUCAAUCCAGGUAAGAUGGCCCUUUGCUUUGAGAAGUACAUGUACAUCAACUUGGAAUUAUGUGAAACAGGAAAACAUCUCAGGUUUUAUUUUAAGAAGCUAAUAUUUUUCCUGCAUCACAACAAUUUCCUUCAAGAAAUUGAAUAUAUUGUAAAAAUAUACAGUACUGUGCAAAGGUUUUAGGCAGGUGUGAAAAAAAUGCUGUAAAAUAAG